AAUGUAUGUUAGCUCUAAGUUUCCGGUGGGGUUCUCUUGCAUAUAAUUCGAGCUAGUUUUCAUGCUUUCGGAUUUUUAUUGUACAUUUGGGUCUAGAGUGAAUAGGAGAAUCAGGGAUUAACCAGAAUGAUGAUGCGUAUUGUUGCUUGUGUUGUCUUAUAACCUCUAUCAUCUGUAGAUGAAGGAUAAAAACUAAUUGUAGCAGUGAAUAAAGUGAUUGUGAGCAAUUCAAACACCAAGGCAACUUCAGGAUAUUUAAACUCAGUGUUGUUGUUAACCUUCUCAUUCAAAAAUAGUGUGUAAAGUUACAUGGACACAUCAUAUGAUUAAGGUAAUAAUCAAAGUAACAUAAAAUAAAGUCUAACACAACAAGGUUACAAUGGAUGUCUCGUAACCAUCUGCUUCGUCCUGUUAAACAGUAGCGUUAGAUUGUUUCCAACCUGUGUGUUGACACAGUUCGUUGGAGUUCUUCGUGUUGUGAUCAGCUGAUCAUGGAGACACUUGGUAUUUGUUAUCAUUGCCAGGUUUCCCUCCCAAUGUCGUCUGAGUCACUGUCACUCCCGUGAUGUGAAGAGUCUACACGUCGUCCAGCGUCGGCAACUCAAGGCUGCUCGUGUGUGUGUUUUCUCAGGAGCGUGUGUGUAGAUGUAUGGUCUGAUAGUGUGAUUCACCGGCGCAGCUUCAGGUGGCGCUUGGCUCACACCUUUAGCUGAACGGUCAAUGCAGCCUCGCCUCAGUGCGUGUGUGAGCACAGCGAGGGUCGUCCUUCUCAGUUCUUUUCGUUAGUGGUGGUUUUCUCUGUGGGAUGUAGAUGGAUGGUUGUCUGUUGGGUCCGGGACCUUCCUGCAGUAGAUGGAGUAGAUCCAAGUCGCUCUCUCGGUGACCUUCACAGCCGUGUGGGUCGUCAGAAGGACCUGGAAGGGGCCUCACCACCAUUUAGAGUUACAGUGCUUCCUCCUGAACUCCUUAACGAUCGCCCAGGCCACUGGUUGGAUGGUGUGCGGUGGUCAUGUCUCUUUUCACCUUUUGGGAAAUCUGAAUUGUGGGGAAAAAGUGUUUGGGCGGCACGGCUGCCAUCAGGCCCAAACCAGACUCCAUGGCUACAGGUGGAACCAUUCGUCUGCCAGAGUCUGCGUUCCUGUGAGGUAGAAAAUGUUUAAAGCACAGGGAGAGAGGAAGGAAAGGGUAGAGAGAGUUGGAGAGGAAACAAGGAUCAGGAGAGGGAGGGGUUGUCGGGCAGCGACCUUCGCAGCAGCGUCUGCAGCUGCAUGUCGGCAGAAACAAAGUUGUCACUGAUGGUGUGAGAGCAGAACUACGUCCAGCAAAGCAGCAAACUUAUCAUUAUGUAAGAUAGUUUUGUAAUGAAACUUCAAAACUUCCUAUGCUUCCACAGAGCACCUAAGUGUGAAAAGCAUCUGUGGAGUCUGUGUAGAUGGUAACAGACUCUCCUUCUGCUAGUUUACUAGCUUCAGUCAACGCAGUCAACUCUGCAGGCUGAGCAGAGUAGUGUCUUAGCAAAACGCCAGACUUCAAGAUGGCAUCUUGAUAGUAAUGUUCAGCAUGUUGAGCAAGGUGGUGUUGUAUCUAAGCCAUUGGGCUGUAGAAAGAUAGGAUGAUUUCUUUUCCAAAAGGAUCAAAGACAGUAUGAGGAACCAACAAGGUGACGUCAGAGUAUCCAACAAUGUCACGUGAUGCCAGAACGGCUCUCUCUGCCGCAGCCACUGCUACAGGACAAAAGAACAGAAGUCGUACAACCUGAUUUUUCAUUCACUGUUUGAGUGAAAGGUCGCGUGGGGUCAGAUCAGGAAGACCCAAAGUAGGAGCCGACUGAAGAGCAAGCUUGAGGUCAGUGAACGUUGUUCAGCCUCAGACGUCCACGUGAGACAAGAAGUGGACGAUGAAGACGUCUGCACCAGAACCCUGAGUGGGGCCUCAAAGACAGUAAAGUUACGAACGAAGAUCCUACAAUAAGAACAAAAACCUAGAAAAGACAUCAGCUGUUUAUACGUGCACGGUUUAAGCAGGUUUCGAAUUGCUUCAACUCUGUUGGGUGAGAUGGAUUUGCCAUCAGCUGUAAUUACAGUGACCCAGAAAAAUAACCUUAGACACGCAAUGACAAAGACUCUAUGUGGCCUGUAGCAUUCAAUGUUUCAGUAGCUUAGUGGUGUCUGCAGUAACACCAUCGAUGGCUCCUUUAAGAGGGUGUUGUUGUUUACAUGGUCUGUGGUCAGAUUUAGGUGUGAUGACCACUGGUCCACAUCCUCUGAUCAAACCUACAUCAGGUCUGUGUGUGAGUCACAGGGAAGCAGGGGCUUCCUGUAAGGCUGAGUGUUGGGUCAGAGCGUCCUCUGAAAAAUAAAAAUAAAAACAAAAGCAUGUAAUAUAUGUCAUUAGAAUGCGAAGGCACCAAGUUCACUGUUUGUUGAGCAUGACAGGCAGAGUAAAAAGUUUUACAAUACGUCGCAUGGGGUCAGAAGUCGUUCACCAGUCUCCACCCCUUUUGAUAUCUGUUCACGAAACGACCCACGUCCUGUCAUGUCUCCAUCAUGUUUCACAGAGGGACGUGUGGAACUGUAGAAUAAAAAUCUAAAAUCUUUCUGUUCGUUAGUAAAAGAAAUCGCAAGUGCAGACUUGUGUUCAUCCCAAAAGAGGGAAGUUUAGGUGUGUGUGUGUGUGUGUGUGUGUGUGUGUGUGUGUGUGUGUGUGUGUGUGUGUGUGUGUGUGUGUGUGUGUGUGUGAGAGAGAGAUACCGUCUUCUACGUCACGUGAAAAGGAACCGUCACCUUCCUCCUUCCACACCAGUCUGAUGUGAGCGCCAGUGGGUGAAGCCUGACAUAGCAGGGACAGUUCUUCCAAUGCAAUGACAGACCUUUCCUGGGUCCUUGCAUGCAGCUCUAUUGGGCCAAUCACGUCUGAAGCCUCUCCUGUUGUUUCAACCAGUGUCUGUGGCACGUCUUCUCACUCUGCUGUUGCUCUUUCCUUGUUUUCCUUUGCUGAUUGUCAUAAGCAGGUGUCUGUGUCAGACACACACGCGUGUAUGACAGUUUCACGGUCUGUGGUGUGGCAGAGCACAAACAAUUCUUCACCAGAGUUAUUAUCUCCUUUCUUUCCGUUACUUUCAUCUCUCUUUUGUUUCUUUUAGGGGUUUAGGUUUUUUUUUCGAAUCUGAUCUUUUUUCUCUAAGUUUUUCUUUUAAGGUGCGUAUGUCUCUUACACUAAGUGAUUCUUGCGGGGGGGUAAGGGGUGCAACCAGCUGCUGAAACCAAGCAAAUCUGUUAAGUAAACAAUCGGAGCAAAAUAAAUAAGAAGCAGGGAUGUACCUUAGGCUAACACAUUCAUAACUAAAAGUCGUAAAAAUACGUCGCAUGGGGUCAGAAGUCGUUCACCAGUCUCCACCCCUUUGAUAUCUGUUCACGAAACGACCCACGUCCUGUCAUCUGUCUCCAUCAUGUUUCACAGAGGGACGUGUGGAACUGUAGAAUAAAAAUCUAAAAUCUUUUUGUUCGUUAGUAAAAGAAAUCGCAAGUGCAGACUUGUGUUCAUCCCAAAAGAGGGAAGUUUAGGUCAGUUUGUGUGUGUGUGUGUGUGUGUGUGUGUGUGUGUGUGUGUGUGUGUGUGUGUGUGUGUGUGUGUGUGUGUGUGUGUGUGUGUGUGUGUGUGUGUGUGUGUGUGUGUGUGUGUGUGUGUGUGUGUGUGUGUGUGUGUGUGUGUGUGUGUGAGUGAGUGAGUGAGUGAGUGAGAAAUCAUAACUCUUCAAAUUUAUCAUCAGGACCAGAAGACACAUGUGCUGUACAGGACAGGUCAGAUGCGUCUCUGGAGGUCGUAUCACAUGGGAAACAAGCUGUGAUGCAGCCUGCUUCAGUUACAGCCCCCCCUCAGCAGCCAAUGAUAAGAGUACAGCUGAGCUGAAGUUAACACCAACAAAAGAGGGAUUAUUUAGAAUGUCUGUAGACGUAACCUGCACUCCGUCUGGAGUGGAAAUCAAUCAAAUAACUAAACUACAAAUGAGUCUACAAAUCUCUUCCUAAGAAUUUAACUGGGCAUAAGUUUGAAAGCAAAAAUGAAUGUUAAGGUGUCUUGCUGUCAGAUGUUGCACAAGACAGUGAAAGAGUAAGUUUUUCUUUAAUAGUCUGGUACGUACAGUAAUUAUUUUUACUUCUCUCUAAUAGUCAUCUUCCCUUUAAUAUUUUGUUUCAGUUGGUUUCAGUCUUCCUAUAGUCUGGUUUUGUUUUUCUGUAGUCUGGCAAGACAAACCUAUAGUUAGCACAAAUCUUUUUAGAAACAUGAAGGAUUUUAUUACUGAAUUUGUUGCAAAUUGAAAUAGUUUAAACCCAUCAGACUGUAAAGUCAUGCAGCAGUUGUCAUUUAGCUGUUUAUCAUUUUAAAACUUUUUUGAGCAAAAAGCGAUUCUUCAUUGCAAGCAGAUAAGCAUGAAUUUGGAUCAAUUGAGCAAAGAUUUGGAUCAAUUAAGUGUGUAUCAGCUGUAAGCGUGUUUCUUCAUUGCGUGUAUGGAUGUGUGUGUGUGUGUGUUCGCUGUACCGUCUUCUACUGUAUGUCACAUGAAAAGGAACCGUCACCUUCCUCCUUCCCCAACCAUCAGUCUGAUGUGAGCGCCAGUGGGUGAAGCCUGAUGUAGAUGGGACAGUUGUUCCUCGAUGACAGACCUUUCCUGGAUCCUCGGAUGCAGCUCUAUUGGGCCAAUCACGUCUGAAGCCUCUCCUGUUGUUUCAACCAGUGUCUGUGUCAGAGCACGUCUUCUCAGAUGGAGCUCACUCUGCUGUUUCUCUGUCCUUGUUUUCCUUUGCUGAUUGUCAUAAGCAGGUGUCUGUGUCGGACACACACGCUUGUAUGACACUUUCACGGCCUCUGAAGCUUCAGACACAGCCCUUUCAUGCUUUUGUAGGGCUUGUAGUAGCUGGUGAGUCUGAUGAGCCCAGAACGUGAUGGCUGCAGACAUUGUGGGAGUCGGUGAGGCCACCAUGCUGUGGUCUGUGUCCUCUGGCUGCUGUGGUAUCAGAGCUUCCACCCCGGCUUCUGGUUGUUGGCCAGGCUUCUUCUCCUUCGGUACUUCGGCUGACGGUGGGAAAGGAGUCCAUAUCUGGAUUUACCCUCAUCGCGCUCAGUUCUGCAUUAGGAUAGAGAGCAGAAACAAUGGGAGCAUUUGCUCUUGACAUGACAGUGUGUCCAGCUGCUGGAGAACAUCCUCUACAGUACAACUACACGUUCUGGUACAGCAGGAGAACGCCGAGUCGUCCUGCAAGUUCUCAGAGCUAUGAACAGAACAUCAGGCAGAUUGGCACUGUUGCAUCGGUGGAGCAGUUCUGGAAGCUGUACAGUCACUUGGUUCGUCCUGGAGACCUGAGUGGACACAGCGACUUCCACCUGUUCAAGGAGGGAAUCAAACCCAUGUGGGAGGACGAAUCCAACCGCAGCGGGGGGAAGUGGAUCAUUCGUCUUCGCAAGGGUUUGGCCAAUCGGUUCUGGGAGAACAUCAUCCUGGCGAUGGUGGGAGAGCAGUUCAUGGUGGGAGAGGAGAUCUGUGGGGCUGUGGUGUCCAUACGCUUCCAGGAGGACAUUCUGUCCAUCUGGAACAGAACGUCUAGUGACCAAAUAACAACAUCCAGAAUCAGAGACACUUUAAGACGAGUCCUGAACCUUCCAGCCAACACAAUAAUGGAGUACAAGACCCACAACGACAGCCUCAGAGACAACUCGAGCUUCAGAAACACGAAGAUUUCCCUCUGACAGCUGACUCCCCUUCACCCAACCCAGCUGUGUUCUGUCAUUGGCACAAGUGUGAAUGGUUUUUAUAUUAUUGGUCAGUGAUGAAUAAGAACUAUUUUUAGACAAGAGCAGCCUGUGUUAAGCCUCAUGUUAUGUAAUUAAUUUUUUUUGUAUUUCUGCUUCUGUUAAAAUAAACUAAAUGUGAUGACAUGAA